AUGCGACUUCCUAGACCCUUCCUCUGCCACCCCAGACCCCUGCCACUCCGAACGCCACCCUCCCUAUUCAACCGCAUCAGCUUCAUCCAUUUCCAGCCGACAGCAGCUAAAAUGGCAAACAACACUCAAUACGGAGGCGAUCCUCUCCCCGAUGUGGGCGCCACUUAUCCCUCCCAGAACAACCAAUCCAAAUCCGGCGAAGACGACUGGACAAAGCGUCCGCCCUACAGCAUCCGCUCCCCUGAGGAAUUCGGGCCCGUGAAAUGGCGUGGGAAAUGCCAAUGCGGCCAGGUGACUUAUCAACUAAGCCGGGACCGACCAUUGAAGUCUAAAUUCUGCCACUGUCGGGGCUGUCAAGUGACGCAUGGCGCGCCAUUCCAAUGGGCGGCUAUUUUCCAUAAAUCUGAUCUCGCUUUUACGAAGGGGGCUGAAGGCCUGUCGUUCUACUCCUCCACGAAUGACACCCAGGAGUAUAAACUUCCGACUAAGGUGUAUUGUUCCUAUUGUCGAUCCCCUAUUAUGGAUGAGGGACGGAAUGUCUGCUUGAUGUUUCCGCAGGCCAUCGAAAGCGCUGAUCAUGAUGAACAUCGGCAGCACUGGCGCGAGACGUUUGAACCAGAGUGCCAUAUUUUUUACGGCAAGCGAGUCUUGGAUAUUCCAGAUGGGAAGCCAAAGUGGUCGGGAAUUGAUGAGCAAAGUGAUCUUUUGGAUGAGCAAGGCCGCAAGAAGGAAUGA